ACACACACACACACACUAAUUCUCUCACUAACUAACUAGGCUAAGCUAUUUAGCUAUCUAUUCAGCUAGCUAGCUAACUAGCUGGCUAUCUGUCUAUCUUUUAGUUAGAAUUAACUAGCAAUUUUGCCUUAUUUUUUCAACCACUUUUUACCACUACUAUUCUCAUUUUUCAACUAGUCUAUAGACGGAUUAAACGCUGACGCCUUGUGGUGUAUUCUCUGACUGAUAUACAGCCGAGUUUUUUUUUUUCAAAAUUAUUUGGAGGCUAACACAAGAAGAAAAAAAAUAAUCCCGUCUCCAUACACAAUCACAACAAGCGGGAGAAUGUCACAAUUCCAGCCUAUUUCACUUGGUCAAACAGUUCAGAUACCAUCUCAACAACAACAACAGCAACAGCAACAACAAAUUCUACAACAACAGCAAAAUCAAUGUCAACAGUAUCAACUGGAACCGUGUGAUAUUAAACCACAAUUCUCGUUAAUACCAAAUGUUUCACCGAAUUUAACUAACAACAAUAAUAACAUGAAUAUAUCAUCACAAAGUGGUAUAGGUAACUUUGGUGCUUUAAUGACAACAUUAGAUACCGUAGUCAGUGGGAUGAAUAACAAUAAUAACAACAAUAACAAUAACACAGGCGGUGGGCAAGCAGGACAAUUCGCUACACCGAUGAAUCACACAGAUGUCGCCUCACUUCUAAUGAAUCCAAGUAAACGUGCUGAAACAUUUGUCAUUGAUGAAGUCAAAGUUAUGUUAAAAGAGAUCGAGGCAAGAAAGCAUAUCCUACUGUCAUUAUCACCGUCGACAAAUCGUUUAAAACGUCGUGCAUGGGAAGAUGUAGCUAUGUCUAUGGCAGCUCGAUGGCCUCAUGCACCGAGAAGAACAGCUGAUCAAGUAAAGAAAAAAUGGGAAAAUCUCGUUUCUAAAACAAAACGUAAAGUCCGCGCUGGUCAUAUCACGCCAGAAUUAGAUUGGAAUGAGACAAAUGCUGCUGUUAUGCAAUUUCUUACACAACACAGUCCACCUGUCCGUCUAAGAUAUUUAUCAUCAAUUGGACCAUCUCUUUUAAGUCUUGGAGAUCUACAAGCAUCGUCAGCGUCGGCAUCGGGAUCUGCUUUGACAACAUCAGGUAUUGCUACUACAGCUAUGAAUGGUGGUGGUGGUAUAAAUGCCUUCAAUCAAACAAAUUCACAUAUUUAUGGAUUAUCGAAUACCUCAUUCUCAGAUCCAUAUAGUAAUAGUAAUCAUAAUAAUAAUAGUUCUAUUUUCUCCAAUAAUCAACAUUCAUCGCUUAUGCUGUCUUCUGAAAAGUCGGCUAUUCUUGAUUCCUGUCUACGACAAGAAAGUAUGAUUAAUAGUAAUAACAAUAAUAAUAGUAGUAGUAAUAGUAAUAACAAUACUACUACUAAUACUACUAAUGCUUGUAGUAGUAGUAAUAAUAACAGUAUAAAUGGGCAACAUUCUUUUAUCAAUCAUGAUACAAAUGAUUUGAAUUCAUUCAACAAUGCUGGAUCAGGUAGCGGAGGACCAGGUGCAGGUGGUGGUGGCGAUAAGCAACAACAUUUAAAUACUUCAACAGAAGAUAAAGAUGUUGACAUGACGACAGGAAAUAGUAAUAAUAUUAAUAAUAAAAGUCAAAAUCAUGGAGAUUCAUCAGAAGUAGUUGGCAAUAUCACUGGAUCAGUGAAUGAAUCCUUUCUCUCCUCCUUUUCACCAUUCAAUCAAUCAUUUCUUAAUUUCGGUCUACCUGCAUCAAAUCAUCAUGAUUCCCUCUACACAACAUUUAAUCAGGAUAUUCAAAAAGAACUGUAUUCACAAUUAAAACAAGAACAUGAAUUACGCAUGGAUAUAUUACGUUUACAAAAACAAGCAUGGCUAUUACAAAUGAAUUUAUUUAAAAAAAUGAAAGUUGAACAAAUCUCUAGCUUGUUUUCAUCACCACAACUUUCUUUGCCAACAACAACAACACCUACUCCUACUACUCCGCCUAGCAAUGCUACUACUACUAAUAGUGUUGUGAGUAGUACCAACAGCACUGGCUGUAGUAAUACCUCUGUCUCUACUUCACUGUCAUCUUCAUUAACUGUGCCAUCAUCAAAUGAAGUAAAUCAUUCGGCGAUGAAUACUUCAACAUCUGUUCCUUCAAUAAAUCCAUCAGCUACUCCUGUCACUGCUAGUCGGACGAGUACUCCUACCGCUACUGCUACUUCAAUUACCAAGCCUAAUUCGUCUGCUCAACAUUCAAAUAUCAAUCAUCAGGGUGAAUCGAAUUCUACUCCAGAGACUCGGCCAUUAUCACCAAUGUUUCCAGGGGAUGCGAACAGUCAUCCUCCCCCUACUCCUCAUCAUCAGAAUGUUGUAUUGACAAAUGUUGAGAAAAUAGAGGGUUAAUCUAUAGAAUACAUUGUGUGUCUGUAUGUGUGCGUGGGGAGUGGCAUAAUCUGAUCACAAUGUGUGAAUGUGACACACGCAUACACACAUCUAGCAAACAAACACGGACAUGAAUUGUGUUAUAUGGUUAAAAAUGUUGUGAAAGUUUUUUGCUGUGUGUGUGUGUGUGUGUGGUUUUUCCGAUA